GAGUGUUUCGCAGUCGGAUCGCAUGAAGCGGACAUCAAGAGAAAUGAGAAUUUAUAUCAAUCCAGAAAGCAUAAUUUCAACCAACAUGCCGGAUAAGUCCAGCCUUUAAAAAGAUAUUGGACUAGUCGUCUUUUUUGAAGUAGCUCGCUACUGUAGCCUUUGUUGUUCCCAAGAUGGUUUGUGGAUUGCUUAAAUUAUGUAUACAUCAUUAUCUAGACUGUAAGGGAUAAUUCAAAUUCAUCGAAAAACAAUUCCGAAACUACGAGUAACGUAGAAAAAAUGGACUGUGACCAAGAUGACCAGAGUAUGCUCUUGGCAAUGGUAAUAAAUAUACCGACACCUCCUGGCCCACAAUGUUACUGUAUGAUGCCGCGUGAUUAUAGCAGACCGGAUUUUCAGUGUAGCGUCUGUUAUAAGUGGUUUCACCUGGAAUGUAUUGCUUUCAACAUAGGGAAAGCUUUGCCAUUUCUUACUGCAUACCACUUCAUGUGCAAAAAGUGCAAUGCUAUCGGAGAGGAGGUUUUUUCUAGGAAGCAGGCUAAUUUUACCGUCAUGUGUCAAACAGCUUUGGCAAAUCUAAUGCUGAGGCAUGGCGGUCGUUUAUACUUUAUGGAAUCUAAGGAACUCAUACCUUUUCUUGAGGAGUGUUGGGAAGAACUCACAACACAGCCAAGGAAGUCCAAUAAUUCAUGGUAUCCGAACAUCCAUAAAACUUUGACUAGUAGUGAUGUUUUCAAAACUGUAGAAACGCCAGACGAUCUCUACGUGUGCUUAUCAAAUACGGACCUCACAAAAAUUGGUCCGAGUUAUGAUCGAUUUCGUGCUCUUACAAGCCAGUUGCGGACAAAUAUUACUAAACUGGGUGUCCCGUCCGCAAACAUUCCCGCCAGUGUGUCUCAAAAUCAGUCUUCGGUGUCGGGUGCUGUUUCCGAUACUGCAGAUCAGUUCCUGCAUCAUUCGUCAGCUGGCAACCAGUUUCCUUUUAGUGGUGAAAUUGAUGGUGUGGAUCAACCUGCUUGGCGUAAACGCAGAUCUCCGGGUAAUAGUUUAUUCAGUGGAAUGGGUAGUUUUUCUGUAUCAUCUUUUAUGCCUGGCACGUCUUCAGAAGGCAAAAUUUCGGGGAGUAUGUCUACUACUGAAGUUUCAACGUUCCCUGGUAUGAGAGCUUCUGCGUCAUCCAAUGAAGUAAACAAUGCUUCUCCAAGUGGCUUGGUGCGUUCAACUCGCCGAGCCACUUUAACGUCUGUUCUUGGUGGGACUACUGCACUGAGUGGAGCUGCAGUUUCUGAUGAAGGACGUGUAAAGUUGAAUGCUUUGGGGUUUCCAAUAGAUCAUGCGCUAAAUAGAGAAGGAUAUCGUUACAUUUUAGUUGAACCAGACAAGCAUGCUCCUGGUCGAGAGCAGUGGGAUGAAUGUGAGUUCACAGCUGGAAAGCCCAUACCUGGCUUAUUCUACCGUGUGUUUAUAUGUUCGCAAGUGGUCUUGUCUCUGAGUGAUCGUGCGAAUCACUUGAAAGUACACGAAUCUCAGUUAUCAGUUACUGGCGAUAAAGGAUACUGUAUGUCUAGAGCGACUCACAGCGUUCACUCGGGUACCUGGUAUUUUGAAGCAAUCAUCACAGAACAACCAGAAGGUUCUGCAACUCGAAUUGGCUGGUCUCAAAUGUAUGGUAAUUUACAAGCACCUUGUGGUUUUGACAAAUUUAGCUAUUCCUGGCGAUCACGUCUUGGUACUGUAUUUCAUGAAUCUCACGGUAAACAUUAUACGAAUGGUGGAUAUAAAAAGGAUGAUGUCAUCGGCUGUUUAAUACAUUUGCCGUCAACAGUUGGCCCUUUCACACCGAUAGAAAAUCAAGCUUCAAAAUCUUCCACACCUCAAUUGAUGAAUACAUUUUCUCCCAUGAUGGAUGACGUUCAUUCUAGCAUAAGUGGUACGCUGAACUCAACAGAUUCAAGGAAAUGUAAUAAUAAUUCACAUGCACCUACUUUUCUUCCUGAAACUUACAAAGACCGUCCUUUGAUCAGGUUUCGGAGUUCCUUCUACUUUGAAGAAAAAGAUGAUCCAAGUAAAGCCGAAAAAUCACUGCGUCCACUACCGAAUAGUAAGAUUGUAUUUUAUCGUAAUGGUGAGUGUAUGGGAACAGCUUUCACGAAUAUCUACGCAGGUAGCUAUUAUCCAGCAAUAUCAAUAUUCAGGGCAGCCACAGUUUCUGUCAAUUUUGGUCCAUCCUUCAAACAUCCUCCAAAUGAUUUUCCAGAUUGGCAACCGGUAAGUGUUAGUAAAAAAUAG